GAUGCUGUGGCCCCGCCCAUUUCCCCGGGUCCUUUGAUCACGCGCCUGCCGGCUCUUCCGGGGCCCGGGAGCCAACCGAGGGCGUUCCACUCCGGGCUGCAGCGGCGGGAGGGAGCCCAGUGGAGGCGCCCUCCCGAGGCAGCACUGCCCAUGCUGACUACCCAGCCCUCCAGCUGCCGAUGUCAUGAGUAACACCACAGUGCCCAAUGCCCCCCAGGCCAACAGCGACUCCAUGGGCUGGGUGGGCCUGGCCCAGCCUGCACAGGGCAUCUCAGCUGUCCUGUUACGGGAGCGGAGGGUGUGGAGAUGGGCCCCACUCACUCGUGGGCCAUGCUGGGCUCAGCUGCCUCCACAGUGCUGUGUCUCUGUUACAGGGUGGACCGGCUUCGCCAUCACCUGCUCCCUAUGUACAGCUAUGACCCCGCCGAGGAGCUGCACGAGGCCGAGCAGGAGCUGCUCUCUGACGUGGGAGACCCCAAGGUGGUACAUGGCUGGCAGAGUGGCUACCAGCACAAGCGGAUGCCCUUGCUGGAUGUCAAGACGUGACCCAAGCCCCUUGCCCUCAUCUUCAGAACCAUGGGGUCCUGGACCCUGCAGCCUGCUGCUUCCCCCCAACUCCCAGCUCACCUUCCUGGGUCUCCACGCCCCCCACCCCCCUGUGCCUGGCAGCACCUGUUCCCUCAGCCCCACAUAGCAGCCAAGCCCCAAGUAUCAUCUCACCCUCAGCUAGGCCUUCAGUUGUCUGGGGCCGAAGGGCAGAGCUUCGCCCUCCCUGACCCAGCUGUGGAGCCACUUCUGUGGUGACAGGGCCUCAUGUAUAGAACUCUGUAUGUAUAUUUUGUAAAUAAAAUGUUUUGUGGCUA